AAGUCUGGGGGUUAAAAAUAAUUUAUCGUUAAUAGAAUUAUUUAUUAAAAAUUUGAAUAUUUAAAUCUUUGAAUAAAUAAACAAAUAUCGGUAGUGAAAUGAAGGAGUAAUCUUCAUUAAAAAUCACAUAUAUAUACAAAUAUAUAAAUUUUUAGUAAACAUAUAACAUAAAUAAUAAUGAGUUAUGUCUACGUGUGUCAGUUUAUUUAAUUAAUAAUAAAACAUACGUUUUUCUGACAAUUUCUUGCCACAAAUAUUUGAUUAAUUUUUAAAAAUUAAUAAUUAAUUACCAGUGAUCAAGUGAUGGAUUAUCAUCAAAAAAUGAUUGUAAGACCAACACAAAAUUAUAAACCUAAAGAUAACGACAAUGAUGAUGAUGAUGAAGAUCUAGAAGCACUGAGAUUAGCAGCGUUGAUGUCGCUGAAAGCUAAAUCGACAUCUAGCAAAAUAUCACAACCUCAAAAAUCAUUUGUACCUCCGACAAAUUCUUUUCCUGUUUAUAAUUCUAACGCUAAUGUUAUAAACAACAAUAAAAAUCAUGGUAAUCAUAGGAGAAGAGAUUUUUAUCCAAACCGGACAUUAAAUAGACAAAAUGGGACUCAAAAUGCGUAUCAUCCGAGUCGAAAUAAUCAAAAUUUAAUAGAAAUUAUUCCUGUUGAUGAAAACGCGCCAAAAAAUGAUACUGGAGUGGAAGCUAGUGUUCCAGUGACUGAAAAUGAAGAUUCAAAGUUCCAACGUUUCAACGACAAUGCAAGUGGGUCAGAGGAUGAAGACCCGAAACCCAAGGACACUAUUGAAGAGCAGUCUUUCAGUGGCCUCACUGAGCUGUCAGAAAUAUCCGAAGCACAGAAGGAAGCCGACGAUCCAACCGAUGAAGAAGUCGGAGAAAUAUCCGAGUCCGUAGAAGCGGCUGAGAAUUCACCAAAAGAAAAUCUCAUCAAUGAAGAUGAUGAAGAUGAAGAAAACGAUAAAGACGAGGAAGAAGAAGAAGAUGAUGAUGAUGACGUGCUUCUGAUGGCUGAUCUCGAAGAAGAAGACUCCCUAGAACGUCUAAUGGAUGAAAUGGAACGUGAAAUGGCCGACAAACCUUUGGAGAAAAAAGAAAAAAAGUCACGUCGCGAGAGCAAAAGUCUUAAGAAAGAUCACGAUAAAUCUCAUAAACGUGCUGAUAAAACCGAUGCUCAGUCUUUCCCUACUUCGACCUCUACUUCAACAGCUUUAGCUUCAGGUUCAGCUUCAGCUUCUUUCCCUUCAACUGUCAGUUAUAAAAAUGAUCGUCCAGUUUCUCCAUACGAGCGUACCAGGCAUCGCUCGGUAUCUCCAAAAGUUAAGAGAAAAAAAUCACCCAGAAGAUCUCCUCCUCGUUUAAAAAAGUCACGUGACAUCAGACAAAGAUCUCCAAGACCUCCACGUCAUUCGCCACCCAGGUCGCCUAAAAAAUUGUCACCCCGUCGGAGAUCAAGAUCCAGGUCACCUAGAAUUAUCCGCAGCCGUUUAUCACCGCCUCGUAGAUCUAAAUCACCUGGCAGGUCACCUAGACCACGUUCUCCUUUCAUCAGGUCAUCUAGAUCACCCAGACUAUCACCAAGAAGACUGUCUCCAAGAAGAUCGUCUCCAAGAAAACAAUCACCCAGAAGACCAUCACCGCGUCUAGAUCGCGGUCACUCGCCGCAUUGUUCCCCGAUUCAUUCUCCAUGGUCAUCACCAAGAAAUUCUCCACGUUUAUCACCCAAACGAAGACGUUCUCCGCCUUCAAUAGCUUCUACCGUAACUUCAAAUGUUAAUAAAGAUAAGAAGCCAAGACGAUCUAAGACACCAGAGGACUUUAAUUCUUACAAACGUGAAACUUCACCGGAUGCCAGGUCGAAAAUAAAGACGACAGCUAAAGAAAUAAAUGAAAUAAAUGACCCGGUGCUGGAAGCAAGGAGACGUAAAUUUGAGUCAACGAAACUCAUCGAUCCAAUAAAUGACAAUAAGAAAAUAAAAUUGAGUCGUAAAGUUGAUGAUGCUGAUGAAGAAAUUGUGAAUUCGUUGAAGAGAAAAGCCGAUGAGCUUGAAGAUAUUGAAGAUGGUGAGGAUGAAGGUCUUAUUGAUGAAGAUGGUAACGAUGAAGAAAGAGAUUUAGAGGGGGGAGAAGAAGGUGAAAUUAUUGGAGAUGGACAUGGACAUAACAGAGAUGGAGAUGUAAAUGACAAUGAAGGAAAUGAAGAUGAAGAGGAAGGAUUGUGCUUGAAUGAAAGCUUUGACUUUGAUGAACUGGCGGAACAUGUGAGCGAUGAAACUGUCGCAAGCCAGAUGAUCUUUGAACCGGUCAAGAAACUCGAGAAGUCGAGAACCAAAAAGAAGAAGAAGAAGGACAAGGAAAUUUACCAGGUGGGGAAACUCAAGAGCGGCGAGCUUCCGCUGUCGGAGAGACUUGGCAAGGAGAAGAAGUGCAAGAAGAGGAAGGAGUAUGUGGAGAACGUGGUGAAGGAAGUUGAGGAGGAUGUUAAUAGUCCAGAGGAAGUUAUUGAUGAGGAAGCGGAUUUGAGAACUGAGUUGAGUAGGAGACGCGCUGAAAGACUUAAUAGAAAUGCUCCCAUGCAGUCCGCGAGACUUUUGCAGUCGGCUUUCAAAGGAGUUGUCAAUGAAGUUGCUAAGAAUAAUUCUAAAGUUCUGCAAAGACAAAUGAUUAAAGAGGAUAAACAUCCUCAAAAAGAAAUAAGACGUGUUACUGUAUUACAUAGAUCUAUACCUGAAUUACAUGAUUCAGAAGAUGAAAUAAUAGAUUCCAAGGUACCAAUUAAAUUCCGACUUGGUCUGAACAAAGUACAAGAAACCCGUGAGUCAAAAGUCUCAAGGAAAUCUUCUAAGCGACAAAGUCGAAAGGUAAAACACAAAAAUUUGUUAGCUAAUAAUUGAUCCACAUCGAGAAUUCUAUACCGCCUUUAUUUUCCUUAAAAAUAUAUAUAUAUAUAUUUUAAAUAUAUUUUUAAUCCGGACUAUUUUUCCUAACGACUUUAGACUUUUUCCUGUCUAAAAUUUUUUUUCAUUUGAAAAUUUCUUAUACAGAUAUGCAAAAAAAAUGCGUCCAUUAAAAUUUAAUUAAAUGCACAAUUAAUAAUUUAAAUUAUUUUAAAAAAAUGUGCCUUCAAAAAACUCUCGUGCAUAAAUAAAUUGUCCUUUUUAUUUAUUAAAAUAAUGCAGUAGCCAUAUAAAUAUACGGAAAUUAUCAUUAAUUAAUUAACUAAUUAAUUUAUAAUUAUGAAUAUUAUUAAUUAAUUACCAAUUUUUUUUUGUCUAGGGAACAAAAAAAAAAUACGCGUUAACGUGAUUGCAUAUUUGUACGAAGAACA